AGCCAUUAUUUUAACCAUUUCCCAUCACAUGAUAUACGAUAUGUAUCCGGAACAGGAAAAAGAUCCAAGAUUUUCACCAUACAUGCAGGGUUUAGAGAAGUGGACACCUCCUCACCAGGGUUGUGCAGAUGCUGACGAGAUGAUGAAGAAAGAUCUAAUUGCAGCCAAAUUCAAAGUAGAGUACUGUGUUAACAAAUGGAAUACAUUCACCUAUCCAAGUUUGGACACUCUAGUUGAUUUGGUGGUGGCUGUUAAUCCAUGUGUAAAUAAAAUGCCAAAUGAUGUCCAGAAAGAAUACAGGGAAGACAUGAAGGAACGUCUCAAGACCAAGUGUGUUUCCACCAAAGGAGGUUCCACUGUAGACUGUCGCAUUUCGGUACUCACAAUUGUAAUCCAAAAACCCGAGAAUUCAGAGGAAAUUAAUUAACAGACUUGUCUAAUUGUUGUCUAGAAAAGCAAGCUAAAUUUCGUGCAAAUUAAAUUUAUUGAAUGUAAUUAAAUUAGUUUCGAACAGAUAAAUAUCUGAAUGUUUUCUUGUUAAAGCAUGUGCUAGUCGCAUGCCAUUUGUAAU